AUGCUCAAUCCGGUCAGGCUAGUCCUCGGGCUAUUGGCAUGUAUAGUGGCCAUAUCAAAGGGCGCAAACCCCUGCCAAGACUACUCACUCCAUGACUGCGACGCCGUUGCAGAAUGCGUUUCCGAACAACCCGGCUAUUUUCAAUGCCAUUGCCCCCGCGGCUAUUUUGAUGCGAGCCCCGACAAGCGGUAUCCGGGUCGCAAAUGUGUCCGAGAAACAUACGAUACCCAUGUCUCCUAUCAUCGCGAUUCUAGACGAAUCAGUUCAACUCGAGACGAUCGGCGCUCGUUCGGCGUGCUGACCAAUUCAGCGCGUGUCGAAGAGGAGAGGGGGCAGAUCGUGCGACGCAGGAGUCAUUAUGAAGAGUCACGCAUCGUGCCAAAGCACAUCAGCUCAUUCCCAGCCAUCGACGAGUGCUCCCUGGGCACACACAAUUGUGACGCUCAUGCCGAUUGCAUUGAUACAAAUGAGGGCUACACAUGCAGAUGCAGGGCCGGCUAUCAAGAAUCUAGCCCCGACCCGCUCAGAAGCCCCGGACGCUCCUGCCGACCCUCGCAAAGAUCUCAAUGUUCACAUGCCGACUGUGCGCCGGAAGCUGAAUGCCGUGAAUCCCCAUCGGGACCCGUCUGCCAAUGUGUCAGCGGAUAUGUUGAUAUCAGUCGACAACACGGACGACCAACCGGAAGGGUUUGCCGAGCUGUCGUCAACGAGUGCGCCACACGCCAACAUGAUUGUUCUUCCCAUGCAACAUGUAUCGAUACCGCAGAAAGCUUCACUUGCAGAUGUAAUGAAGGUUUCCGUGAUGAAUCCCCAUCUGCUUCAUCUCGGCCGGGACGUGUUUGUGUCCGAGCUUAUACUCCUGAACCACCGGAGUGCGAAGUGGCCGACCCGAUGUCGUGUGACCAACACAAGCAGGAAGUCUGCGUGUUUGUCAACAGCACCUAUAAAUGUCGUUGCGCAGCUGGAAGAAGUCGACUACCCGACGGUCGUUGUCUGGUCAUCAACGAGUGCGCCGACCCUCGAUUGAAUGAUUGCGGAAAGAACUCGGAAUGCAUCGAUCAGGCUGAGGGAUUUACCUGCCAAUGCCGAUCUGGAUACGCUGAUGCUUCGCCAGCAGGUCUCACUGGACGAGUAUGCAAAGCCAGGAUUAAUGAAUGCGCUAAUAAGCAACGCUACGAGGUCGACUGUUCCGAAAACGCGAUCUGCGUGGACCGAGAAGACGGCUACUCAUGCCAAUGCCGCCCCGGAUUCGCCGAUGUUUCCGCAUCAUACAAUCGACUCCCAGGUCGCCGGUGUAUUGAAGCCAUCAACGAAUGCAUGGAUCCGACCCUCAAUGACUGCUCGAAAAAUGCAAUUUGCGAAGAUGCCAAGGAGAGCUACAUCUGUACCUGUCGUGCAGGUUACGUUGAUGCCUCGCCAAGCCCGAAAAUAUAUCCCGGGCGCGUAUGCAUGAAACCCAUUGACAGGAUCCAUGUCAAGAAGAUGACUGCGGAUACAGGUCUGCAACUCGAUGGUUGUGACCCGAAGGCGCCGAAUUGUCAGAACAAUGAAAUCUGCACCGACCGCUCCCGAAAGGGACAUCACGUAUGCGAGUGCAUGGAUAAUGCCUUCCGUUAUUCGGAUGGCACUUGCAAAUUGUACUCGGCUUGCUCACGACAAAACGACUGUGACUCGAAUGCAUUCUGGAAUUCAUUAGACUUUCAUCGGCUGUUUUUCCGAUGCCAAUGUCGACCGGGAUACUUGGACGUCUCGCCCGACGCUGACAACAAUCCAGGAAAGAAGUGCCAGGAAUUGAUCAACGAGUGUGCGACUUCUGAUAACGAAUGCUCCGUUUAUGCAAAAUGUAUCGACACCGCGCAUGGAUAUGAGUGCCAAUGCUUGGACGGCUACGUCGACGUUUCCAGCAAGUACGGGUUCGCCCCUGGAAGGAAAUGCACUAACACAAUCAACGAAUGUCAAGAUAUCAAGCUGAAUUCUUGUGAUGAAAAUGCUGACUGCGUGGAUACCCCCGACGGAUACACCUGUCAAUGUUUUUCCGGAUUCGUUGACGUGUCGAGCAGUGCCAGCUUGCCCCCAGGACGGGUUUGCACGGUCCAGACGACCUGUCCCAAGCAGAAGACCGAUCUCAUUUUCUUGAUCGACGGUUCGGGCUCAAUCGGCAGCUACGUUUUCAAGAAUGAAGUGCUGCGCUUCGUCAAGGAGUUUGUCGACCUCUUCGAGAUCGCACCGGACCGCACACGUGUCGGGCUCAUUCAAUAUUCGGAUCAGAUCCGCCAUGAAUUCGACCUGAACCAGUAUCCGGAUAAGGUCUCGCUACUACGCGCUAUCGGAGAGACACAAUACUUGACGGGAUUGACGAGAACUGGUGCUGCCAUCCAGCACAUGGUUCGUGAAGGCUUCAGUGAGAGACGCGGUGCAAGGAGGCAAGCGGAUGAUAUUAGCCGUGUUGCUAUCAUUCUGACGGAUGGUCGCUCCCAGGAUAAUGUCACCCGCCCUGCCAUUGAGGCUCGGGACCUCAAGAUCAACACCUUCGCCAUCGGUGUGACGGACCACGUGCUUGCUUCUGAGCUUGAAUCGAUUGCUGGCUCUCCACAACGCUGGUUCUACGUCAACCGAUUCAAGGACCUUGACACACGACUGCGCAGUCUCAUCCAAAAAGUCGCUUGUCCAUCUGUGCAGCUACCAACUCGCGGCGCCAACCCUGGACCCUGCAACCCCAGGACCCAAACGGGUUGCGAUCGUUCUCUGAAUGAGCUGUGCGUGCAACAUGGCUCUGUCACCAGCUGCGAAUGUCCCGAAGGCUUUGAACGCCACCCCGUUACCAAGAUGUGUGGUGGCUCGUUGUGCAACCCCCAGUUGACGACAUCUUGUGUCUUCCCGGAGCAGUGUGAGAUCACUCCUUAUCACAACCAUCGCUGCCGCUGCCCUGUUGGCUAUCGUCGUGACUUCCGGUCCGGAUUCUGCGUGUCCAUCCAAGAAAUUCGACUCUUCGCAAACGAUGCGGACUGCCAUAAUGGCGGUGAACCAUGUGGUCAACAUGAAGUGUGUACGCGCGACCGAACCAAUCACUACUAUUGUGAGUGCGAGACCGGCUACGAGCGCAGCCCACAUACCCGGAAGUGUGUCUACCCCGGCGAAUGCAAUCCAUUGGACAACUACUCGUGCGACGUGCGUAAGCGGGAGGUGUGCUUGAACAACGGGGCCCGAUUCAGCUGCCAGUGUGCUCAUGGAGAGAAGCGACAUGCCAUCACCGGAAUUUGCUUGAAGAACGAAUGCCAAACGGGCGAAAAUGAUUGUGACCGCAGCGCAAGGUGCGUGGACACGGACGAGGGCGAUGGCUACUUCUGUGCCUGUCCGAAUGGAUUCAUUGACCGCUCACCGGAUGUCGUCAACAAGCCCGGAAGGCUUUGCGUCGCUGAACAAAACGAGUGCACUGAUGGCUCAAACCGAUGCUCACCAAAUGCCCUCUGUACUGAUACUGAGGAGGGGUACAUCUGCCGCUGUAAGCCUGGAUUCGUCGACUACUCGCCAAAUAUUCACAGUUUCCCCGGUCUGAUCUGCAAAGAACUCGUCAACGAAUGUUCUUCGCCUUCCUUGAACAACUGCGAUAGGAACGCGAUCUGCAUCGACACCCAAGAGUCCUACACCUGUCUGUGCAAAGCAGGAUUCCAAGACAUGGACGAGUUCCGAAACCCCGGAAGACUCUGCAAGCCAAACCCGCAAAACGACCGGUGUUCGGCUGGGAAAAAUAGCUGCGACCGGAACGCUAUUUGCUCGCAGAUCGGUGAAAAUGACUACUCGUGCUCUUGCCCGCCUGGAUUCAAAGACAAGAGCCCUAGCCCAUCAGCCCAACCGGGUCGUGUGUGUAUCCCAGUGAUCCCUGAAUGUGAUAAUCCGGCCUUGAAUGACUGCGAUUCACCUGAUCGUGCAAUUUGCACAGACACGGAUGAGGGCUUCCUAUGUAGAUGUCGACAAGGAUUCUUGGACAUUUCGCCAAGUAUUGCUGUGAAGCCAGGACGCUUAUGCAAGCCACUCCAAAACGAAUGCGCGCUCGGAAUUGAUGACUGUGCGCGUGAUGGAGCGAUCUGUGAGGAUACUCCAGAUAGCUACACAUGCCGUUGCGCCAUGAAUUAUUUGGAUGUCUCUUUCGAUCGCCAAAACCGGCCUGGACGAAAGUGCAAGCGACUCGUUGAUGAAUGUGCCACUGGUCAGAAUGAUUGUUCCUCCGAGGCUCUCUGCACUGACACUGAAGAUUCUUACAUUUGUGCCUGCCCAGCUACGCAUAUUGACGUUUCUCCCGACACCCAGAAUCGUCCUGGCCGACGCUGCUUGCUUCGUCUCAACGAGUGUACUACAUCCCGCCACGACUGCUCUCCAAAUGCGGAUUGUGUUGAUACACCCGAAUCCUACAGCUGUCGUUGUCGCGAUGACUUUGUUGAUGAAAGCCCGGAUAGGACCCACCGACCCGGACGGAUCUGUCGACCGGCUUUGGUUGAUGAAUGCCGACUUGGUCAACACGAUUGUCACCAAGAUGCGGUCUGCCAUGAUCUGCCUCAAGGCUUCAACUGCCAAUGCCGCCCCGAAUUCUUGGACGAAUCACCUCGAAGAACCACUCAUCCAGGACGUUUGUGCAGACCUCGACCUACCCCACCACCAGAUGAGUGCCGAAUUGACAGCCUGCGCGACUGCAGCCAAGAACGACGUGAAGUUUGCCGUCUCGUCAACGGCAUCCCGAAAUGCACAUGCGCCGACGAUUUCACGAGGGACGCUUCCGGUGCCUGCACUGUAGUCAACGAAUGCCUUGUCCCGCAACUGAAUGACUGUCAUACAUCGGCUGAAUGCAUUGAUCAGCUUGUUGGGUACACCUGUCGCUGCAAGGCGGGCUUCAAGGAUAUCAGCUCACGCGACAAGCCAGGCCGCAUUUGCGCUCCGAUGGUGAACGAAUGCGAAUACCCGCAUCUCAACGAUUGUCAUCAGAACGCGCAAUGUAUUGACUUGGAGGAAGGCUACGACUGCAAGUGUCAUCAAGGCUUCAGAGACAAGUCAAUCGGAAGGCCAGGAAGGAUCUGCAAGCGCAUGGUCAACGAGUGUCUCGACUCGAAGCUCAACAGCUGUGACAAAAAUGCCGAGUGUAUCGACGAAGAGGAUGGGUACAGAUGCCAAUGCCGGGCUGACUUCUAUGAUGUCUCUCCAUCCCCAGCACUCAAGGGACGUGCCUGCAGAGCCAUUGUCAACGAAUGCAUCGACGGGAAACUUAACGACUGCGACCGAAAUGCACGCUGCACGGAUACUCUGGAUUCAUAUGAGUGUGAAUGCCCUCCACAGUCACGAGACAUCUCCCCCUCACCAGCCUUCCCGGGACGUGUCUGUCUUCUUUUCGAAAACGAAUGUGAGAGCGGUAAGCACGACUGCGAUGCCAAUGCCAUCUGCCACGAUAACGAACAAUCCUUCACCUGCGAGUGUCCACGUGGCUUCGUUGAUAGGAGCCCGAACAAGCUAACAAGAUCGGGCCGAGUAUGUAUUCGAUUAGUUGAUGAAUGCCGUGAGAACCGUCACACAUGCUCAGCUCAAGCUGAUUGCCGUGAUCUAGAAGAGGGAUAUACUUGUGAAUGCAAAGAAGGAUACAUCGACCGAUCACCAAACAUCCAACUCCAGCCUGGAAGAGUCUGUGGAACUCCGGACGUUUGCCCGCCAAAUCACGAAUGCUCAUCGGCGGCCGUUUGUGAGCCACUAGGUGGUAACAAAUAUAAAUGCACAUGCAUUCAGGGAUACGUUGACCAGUCACCACCAGGACAAGCCGGCCGAAUUUGCAUUAGAAACAAUGCGUGCCGGGAUCCGACCCUCAACCAAUGCUCAAAGAACGCCAUUUGCUACGAUGAACUGCGUGGCUACCGUUGCGAAUGCGCCCGAGGAUACAUCGACCAUUCCCCAAAUCCAUCUGAGCCCGGCCGAAUCUGUGAAGCCCCUGCUCCACCACCCCCUCAACGACAAUUUAUCUUCGACCAGCCGGAACCGUGGCCUUCACAGAGGUCCACCCGCACCCAAGUAUUCACGCACUUUGAUUCGACGCCCAGGAUACGUUACCACGAAGUCCCCUCACCAAGGUAUCACGGCGUUCAAAUUGAUUAUCGGGAGUUCCCAACGACGCCAAGGACGCCUCCACAGGUAUUUCACAUCCACGAAAGAGUGGAGCAAAGCCGAGUACAGUUUGAAGACGUCCCGGUGAACACAAGAAGGGUGAUUGAAGAGACACGGCACUAUCAAGAGAUACCGACACAACAACACAAAAUCCCAGCCACCCAGGUGCUUAGGGUAGACGACAACUUCCCAUUCCCAAGAACUCGCAAGGUUGAGGAGAGAUAUCAGGAUGUCGAUCAGCAGAUCCAUAUAUUCCCGACCCCGCCACCAAGUCCACCACCUCCGCCUCCAAGGGUUAUCCACAUUCACGAAGAACGUCGGUUUGAGAACCCUCUGCCACCUCCACCACCAACCCAGCGAAUCGUUCACAUACAUGAAGAACGACAUCGUUACGAGCAAGAGCCUGCUCCACCACCACCACGACGUAUUGUGCACAUUCAUGAAGAAAGGAUCAAUUUCCGAAGCCAUGCUGCCCCGCCAGCACAGCCGGACGUCGUCAUCCGUCACGAACCGCCAGCACCUCCAUUCCACGGCGACAAGCUUGAGCCGUUCAACUGGUCUCCUGCUCCACCUGCUCCGCAACCGCGUCAUCCCUGCCAAGACCCCGAGCUGAACGACUGUCACCCUGCUGGAACUUGCCGAACUACAGGAGCAACGAGCUACACUUGCGAGUGCUUGCAGGGAUAUGCCGACCGUUCCCCGGAUCGUGCCAACAAGCCUGGUCGCCUAUGUGUUCUCACCCAGCCCGCCUGCCUCGAUCCGACUCAAAAUGACUGUCAUCCGGCAGCUAUUUGUAGCGAGGUGAGUGGCCCGGAAAAAUACACUUGCCGAUGCCGUGAUGGAUACACCGAUCAAAGCCCAUCUCGGUCGCACCCUGGCAGACUUUGCGUCGAGCAGGUCAAUGAAUGCCUGGACAGAUCGCUGAAUGACUGUGAUCCCAGUGCUAUCUGCGAAAAUAUGCCUGAAGGCUUCACCUGCCGAUGCCCUGUUGGUACGCAGGAUCGCAGCCCGGACCCGUCUCGCCCUGGUCGCAAAUGCUACAAGACGGUGAAUGAAUGCCGAAGCCCGCUUCUAAAUAACUGCUCCCGAUUUGCGGACUGCGAAGAUCGAGAAGACGGUUUCAAUUGCCAAUGCAAGGAUGGUUACCAUGAUGAUGACGUCGCACAUCCCGGCACCCGGUGCACAUACAUCAUCAACGAGUGCGAGUCUAGCAACCUGAAUGACUGCGAUCGUAAUGCGGAAUGCAUUGAUACACCCGGAGGCUAUGAGUGUCGAUGCAAAAACCCAUACAGGGACGAGAGUCCACGUGGUCAGCCCGGAAGACUGUGCCGUCUGAAUGAGUGCACGAAUCCCGCUUUGAAUAACUGCGAUAAGAAUGCUGAGUGCCACGAUACCGAUGAGGGCUAUUACUGCGUCUGCCGCACUGGAUUCUACGACGAUUCACCAAACCCGAGGGAACCGGGCCGAAUCUGCGUCGCCUUCCAACAAGAACAGACACGGCGCAUUGAGAUUGUUGAAGACGCGCCAAGGAAACUUACAGGACUCCAAUGCGGCCGCUACGAAUGCUCUAUCGAACGCAAUGAGGUUUGCAUUGGCGGCGUAGAAUGUGGCUGCCGCCCAGGCGAAAGCCGUUCGUCUCCGACUGCUCGGUGCCAAAAGGUGGAAGUGAUCCCGUUCCAAAUUAGAGUCGUUUCCCGCGACAAUCGUCCACUAAUGUAUUCGUCAGAAUACGGAAACACUGAUUCGCCCACCUACAUCGAAAUCGUCGAUCGCUUCCAGAAGGAUGUUGCCAGGACAUUCGGCGGCACCGCAUAUGCCCCCCGCUUUGUCAACACUCAUGUGAACUACAUCACACACCCAAGGACAGUCAACUCAUCAUGGCCGGAUGGCUUGCUUUUCAAGUUCGAGGUCCAAACCACGGCUGUUGGCGAACCAAUCGAUAACUGUGAACUGUGGAAGCAGAUGCAAGGCAGUCUCCAGAGAAGCAACGGAGCCAUCGGAGGAGGGUCACUUCGCGUUGCAUCAGACAGCGAAUUGCUAAAUCCAUGCCGUGUUGAAGAGUUGGAUGUUGCCACGUGCGGAGGAGAGAAGUGUAAAGAAGAAUAUGGUGAAAUUUGUAUUGCUGGACACGUCUGCGGAUGCCCACCGGGAAUGAAGAGGGCGAACAAAGAAAGCGCUUGCCGAGCAGUCGAGUCUUGGUCGGUCCCAAUUCUCGUGGCCCGCCAAGGUACCAAAAAUCUCGUCUUUGAUGCCAGGGUGCACUCGAACCCACAGGCACCAAUCCAUAAGGAACUUGUACACCGCUUCGAAGAAGGCGUGUCUGAUUGCUACCCCCAUACCGAAGUCCGAUCGGCAUUCGUCUCCGCAGAAGUCAAUGACAUUGUCGAACCAUCAGCUGUCAACGCGACCUGGGACUCCGGUCUUCUAUUUAACGCGACCAUGCACUUCCGUCGUGGGGCUGUCCGUGAACCCAGCGAUGUCUACUACUCUUUGAUCAAGUACAUUCAAGAAAAGAAUGGUGGAGAAAUUGGAGAUUCGGAACUCUAUCUGACACCCUACCAGCCCGAUCCCUUCAAGGCAUGCUACAAGAACACUUGCCAUUCUUCCGGAAAAUGCAUUGACGUGGGCCCACAUCAAUACCGUUGCGAGUGUGGACCUGGAUUCCGUGACAUGGAGCCAACGAACCCCGGCCAUAAAUGUCUGCCGACCACUGGCUUCAACGAAUGUGAGCGGGAGGAGACGAAUGAAUGCUCGGUAAAUGCACGCUGCAUCGAUUUGCCUCAUCUCUACAAGUGUGAAUGCCUUCCAUCAUAUGCUGAUGCGUCUCCACCAGGCGCCAUCCCUGGAUCCAUCUGCAACCUGGACUAUUGCUCAGACGUCGACUAUUGCCCUCAAAAUUCUACCUGCAAAAACAUGGAGCUCCAAGCCGAGUGCACCUGUGACGCAGGCUACAUGGAUAUCCGACGAUCCGAGAAGCGAGCACAACUCGGCAUGCCUGAAUCGCUUUGUAUGCACACCCGCGAUGUCAAUGAGUGUGCUUUGGGAUUGACAAAUUGCUCUGGCGUGGCCGAGUGUACCGAUCGACCAAUUGGCUAUACCUGUCGAUGCCCAGAUGGAUAUAUCGAUGGCAACCUCGAUGAGCCUGGACGGGUCUGCGGAGCUCUCCUUUGCGAUCUUUGCAAUUCGCAUGGAGAUUGCGUACACAACGCUCAAACCAACAACAUCACCUGCGUCUGCACGGACGGUUGGAGCGGUGAAUUCUGCGAGGCUGCACCCUCUAACGCCAACUUGGUGCUCCUGAUUAUUCUCGCGCUGCUCUUCCUGCUCCUCGCACUAUGUUGUCUGCUGUACAUGUGCACCAGAUGCCACUGCUUCAAGGGCGGUCGCGCAAUGGGUGCCGGAGCUUUCGGCUACAGAAAUAGUGCUUGGCCAUGGGCAACGCUCGACGGUUCAUCUAGCUCGGAAUCUGGUGAACACUCUCAUUCUUCUGUCCAUGCCCAAGAAUAUUAUCCGGACAUUGGAAUCCCGAGGGCUAAACUAGCGAAGGGUGCCGAAGGUUACGCCACAUCGGCGGCUGCUCAUAAGAGCACGGAAGUGGCCAGAUUGGAUGAAUAUCUGGAUUCUAGUGCCAUGCACAUCCCUCGGGCUCGUUUAGCGGGUGCGGGAGCCGCUGGAGGGCUUAAUGAAAGCUUCGACAGCGCCUCAUCCACUGGCAGCGAGUACACAAUCAAGGAAGAAGUGGAGCGAAGGGUGAUCACUGACGUCAACGUCAAGGAGAUCAAGACGACGACAACCACCGAUGCCGAUGGGAAUACAGUAACCACCACAGCUGAAUACUAUCAUCCACAGGGUGAUGGAUCAACCCAUGUGACAAGCACUGCAGGAGCGCGGUCCUCAUAUGGAGCUGAAUCCUCAUCGCACUACGCUGCCGCACACGAAUCUUCGGCUAGCUCCUCGGCUCUUCACUCUUCUUCGAUGGCCCAAUCCGAAUCAGCAUCGGCUCUUGCUUCAUCAGCUUCUCGUUUUGCCGCUGGUGGAACGACUUCCCGUGGAGCUUAUGUGAACCAUGCAGCCCGACUGGCUGAUGAACAGGAACGUGGUGAGAGCAUUGCCGAGUUCUCGAUUGGCCGGGCUGAAGGACGACGGUCAGCUGGACAGCAUCAUCACUUUUCGGAAAACCGGGAAAUUUCGGAAUACACGGAUGAGGCCUCAAUGUACUCGUCUGAAGAAGAAGAGGUUGAACACGAGAAGGGUGACAAGAAGACCAGAGUAGAACGACAACACUCGUUUGAGCCGCUGCCUGGCGGUGAUAGAGAACGAUUCCGUACGGAAGUGACCACCACGAAGACCUCGACCUCAACCACCAAGCAC